UUUCACACUUGAGCAAUGUUGAGGGCAAUAUCAACAAUGACUAAGUAUCCAGCUCGCCAGCAUGCUUUAAACGUCAAGAAGCACUUAAAAACAAAGAUCAAAGAUCUUUCGGACUAUGCGUUGUUUCUAAGCGGUUCAUUCCAGGAGAGUUACAAGUACUCCGAUACUGCAAAGGUCUUCAGACAAGAGAGGUACUUUUACUAUCUGACCGGGUGUAACGUUCCAUCGUCUCAUGUCUUCUAUGACUUGAACAAGGAGGAAUUGAUUCUUUUCUUGCCGGAGAUUGAUUACGAUGACGUUAUGUGGUCUGGAAUGCCCUUAUCUCUCGAGGAGGCACAGAAGAAGUUUGAUGUUGAUAAAGUGCUGUACGAACGGGACAUUGAUAACUAUUUGGUGAAGUACGACAUCAACUUGACUACGGACAUCAACCAGUCGAACAAGAAGUACUCGAACUUCCUGAAGCAGUCCGACAAGAGACUGUUCUAUGCGCUUGACGAGUCUCGUUUGAUCAAAGACGAUUACGAGAUCUCACUUAUGCGCAAGGCGGCUCAGAUCACUGACAACUCACACCUGGCGGUGAUGAGUGCGUUGCCAAUCGAGACAAACGAGACCCAUAUCCAUGCUGAGUUUGUCUACCACUCGAUCCGCCAAGGCUCAAAACACCAGGCUUAUGAUCCUAUCUGCUGUGCAGGUCCAAACUGUGGUACUCUUCAUUAUGUCAAGAAUGACGAUUCCAUGGAGGGAAGAAGCAGCGUGUUGAUCGAUGCCGGAGCGGAGUGGGAGAACUACUGUGCGGAUGUCACCAGAUGCUUCCCCAUCAGCGGCGUAUGGACUCCAGAGCACAUCGACAUCUACAACGCUGUUCUGGACAUGCAGUCCCAAACCAUGGCGAUGAUCAAGCCAGGAGCGUCUUGGGACGAGAUUCAUCUCAAGGCACACAAGGUGCUCAUUGAUAACUUCUUACACCUGGGCAUCUUCAAGGGCGACAAGGACGAGAUCUUCAAGAGCCACGUGAGCACCGCAUUUUUCCCCCAUGGUCUGGGCCAUUUGUUAGGCCUGGAUACUCACGACGUUGGUGGGUAUCCAAACUACAACGACGCAGACCCCAAGCUUAGAUACUUGAGACUGCGCCGUGAUCUACAACAGGGCAUGGUCGUUACUGACGAGCCAGGUAUCUACUUCAGCCCAUACCUGAUCGAGUUGGCAAUGAAGCAACCUGAGCAGGCAAAGUUUAUACAAACAGACGUCGUCGAGAAGUAUCUACCUAUCGGCGGUGUCAGAAUCGAGGACGACAUCCUCGUCACCGCAGAUGGAUACGACAACCUCACCGGCAUCACAAGUGAUCCGGAUGAAGUGGCCGCUAUAGUGCAAAAGGGUCGUUCUAGAGACCCAUCCCAUUUCCACAACGUUGUUUAGGCAGCCUGUUUAGUCCAGUCUGUUUAGUCUUAGUAAGCUGAUUCUAGAUCACACUGCCAAUU